CCGCCAUUAUGGCACCAAGCAAACCAACAAAGGCCUCCCCUUGCGAAGGAAGCAAAGGAAAGGGGCAACCUUGAAACCGAGCCAUGGCGAUCCGCCUCACCAGAAUAAUAUCAUCAUCUUCGUCAUCUCUGCUCCGGAGAUCACCGGCGCCGGAGAAUUUGACUUUCGCGGCGAUGGCGGUUGGCCACGGCGGCGGUCCCACACUCAGUCGCCCUUCCUCCUCAUCAUCAUCGUUGUCGCCGUCUUCUUCGCUGUCAGGUAAGUCGGAGAAGACGGAGAAGAAGUUGGUGGACCGUCUAUCGGCGGUAAUUGACGCCGUCAACGACCGGAAGCUCCCGCCCGAGCUUCGUGGACAGCGCAAUUCCGUCAGGUCAGAAACUGAUAUAAUCAAUGUGGUUGAGCAAAGAAUUUGGCAUUCCAUGGAAGAGGGUCAAUUUGAUAAUUUACCCGGGAAAGGAAAACCCCUUAAUCUGAGUACAAAUCCUCAUGCAGACCCAGCUGAAGAUACUUUGUAUAGAAUCCUAUCAAAGAAUGGUUGUGCCCCGGAGUGGGUUGAACUCAACAAGGAGAUAAGGAGUAAGGUUUCUGAAUGGAGAUUGUCUUUGAAAAGAGCAUGGACAAGCAAAUGCAAUGGAGAUUACUCCAAAUGGAAUGAGAGUUCUGAGGCAUUAAAGCAUCAAUUGCGAGACAUCAAUGACAAGGUUUUUCGGUAUAAUCUUAUUGUUCCUUUCGGCCGCCAAAUGUUUGGUCUGAAGUGGGAGAAAGAGUUGGAUCGCUUGGAAGAAUGAUUUUUGUUUCACUCUCCGUUUUUGUGUGUAAGCUUGAUGCUUGAGCUAAGGGAAAUUUAGUUUUUGUAAAAAGAUGGUAGAAAAGAAAGCAAUAGGAAAACGUUUAUAUUUCCUCUUUCUUUUGGUAGAUGAAAAGAAAAUAGGGUGCGAUCGAGUCAAAGGAUGCAUCAUACUAGCACUAAUGCAUCGGAUCACAUGAGAACUCCAUUGUUUGGGAUAUACUUUUGGUAUAAGAACAAAUUUAGGG